AUGCUCGAGAUUGAAGCCGAACUACAAAAGUCCGACGAGGAUGACGCUGCGGGUGUUGAUGAGGCUAGCCCUCUCGCUACCAAGUGCUGGGAAGUACUUGCAUUAAGAGCUCAAGAAAAGGAUUCAAGAGAGGCCAGGAAGAUGGAUCUCUUGAAUCGACUACAAGAAACCAUAGAAGAAUACCAUGAAGCUUUGGUUCUGCGAAGCCAAGUCAUGAAGUUCACAACCCCCAACGAUCGAGUCUUCCGCGUCUUCCAAGGUUGGUUCGACUCCGAACAACCCUUCCUCGGCCACGGCCACGAUCUACCAAACAAGCGAGACGACUUCAUCGCCCUCGCUCCAUCAGCAGGUACAGACUUCCUCACCCGGAAUCUCGAAGAUCUCGCAGGAAGAUACCUAGCGGGGAAACGACAAAAGGAAACAACAGAAGUAAAGUACUACUCCGCCCGCCACGUAUCCCGCCUCGUCACAAUAAUUACCGUCCUCACCGCCUCUCUAGUGAUCCAAGCCGCCAUCGUCACCCUCUACCUCGUCCACAGCGAGGUCCUGCGCCUCUGCAUGGUCGCCGCCUUCACCAGCGUCUUCGCGGCCAGCUUAGCCGUCAUGACGGACGGACGGAGGACGGAUAUUAUUUUAGCAACGGCGGCUUGCGCAGCGGUCUUGGUAGCUUUUGUCGCGCAGGGCUAA